AGAAAUAUGACCGCCCCUCUUUGUUGCUGUGGCCAAUCAAAUCACUUAGAACGUGGCUUGCUGCCGGGGUUACAAUUGAGAACAACAUCGUGAAAUAAUUUAUCAAAAAAGAUUAGCUCCAAGCAUGUGAUUAAUUAAUUAAGCUAGUGACUGAAAAAUACCUUCAUCAUCCGGACGAUGCUUUUGACCAAAGGAUCGAUGGGGAGGCAACAUGUUGACGAUGUGGGAGGAAGGCGUAGCAGAGGUCACCAUUACUAGCCGAGGGAGUCAGCCGCCCCCGCAGUGGUUUGAGUGAGAGAGGGAUGAAGUUACGGUGCCUCAGACAACGAAGCCCAACUUCGACUGUGGUUGACUAGCAUAACGAAAACAUGAAUGGAUUUUCAUGCGAGGUAGGCUCCAUGACAACUGUGUGCGCUUUGAUCACCUGCUGUCAUAUGUGGCAGUCGAGGACAAUAUGAUUGUGAUAGCGUACAUUGCAGCAAUUCUUCAUAUUGAUUAAUAAAAUAAGAUAGUCUGCCAGUAGUAUAAUUGCAGUAGGCUACAUGAUUAUAAUUUAGCCUAUUUAUUGUCCUGAGGUAAAGACUGGAGUAGGUAUCUAGAUCGACAGCAACAUGUAUUAAUCAGGACCAACAACGACAAGGGGAAUCACCACGGUCCGCCAUCUGCCUAGAGAGAGACCCCUUUUUUGACUCUAACAAUGACAGGACCGAUCACCGCCCCCAGCACUUGCUCCUCCGCCGGUAAAAUGGGCAGGCACCGGUCAAAAAGCACCAGCGGCUACUGCUUUAACUCUAGCCCCGGUGCCGAGUCCUCUUCCCCGGGGGACACAGUUAACAACACCGGGCGAUCGUCGGGAGAAGAGGAGGAGAAGGACGGGGGCGUAUUGUUCUACGUGAACCGGACUGGGUUUCCUAUUGAGACAGUGACCUGGGAAAGGAUGUGGACUCAUGUAGCGAAAGUGCAUCCAGAUGGCCAGGAGAUGGUUAACAAAAUACGGAAUGCUGCAUAUCUUCCCAAACAUCAUGUUCCCUCUGUGCCCAACUUCAAGCCCUCCAUGUCUGUUCCUGAUUGGCUGCUGGCUGUCCAGAACUACAUGAAGACUCUGCAGUACAAUCACACAGGAACGCAGUUCUUUGAGAUCAAGAAGACCAGACCGCUGUCUGGGUUGAUGGAGACAGCCAGAGAGAUGAUUAGGGAAUCUCUUCCAAUCAAAUGCCUUGAAGCUGUUAUCCUUGGAAUCUACCUGACCAACGGCCUGACCUCCCUGGAGCGUUUCCCCAUCAGCUUUAAGACCCAGUUCUCCGGCCACCACUUCCACCACGUGGUCCUGGGCGUCUACUGCAACGGCCGCUACGGCACGCUGGGCAUGAGCCGGCGCCAGGACCUGAUGGACAAGCCCCUGACCUUCCGCACGCUCGGAGAGCUGGUUGCCGACUUUGAGGACUCGUACCUGCGCUACCAGCACACGCUCAAAAAGGUGAAGAUAGGUCUGUACGUGCCCCAUGACCCUCACGUGUUCCAGCCCAUCGAGUGGAAGUACCUGGUGUUGAACGCCGGACGCCUGGGGCAGGAGGAGAUGAGGAAGGAACUGGAGAAACACGGGAGAGACAUGAGGAUGAAGAUUCUAAAGUCGUCCAGCGCCCAAUCACCUAUCAAGGAGCGGACCAGGGGGAAGUCCCUGUCGCCGCGACGACGCCAGAGCAGCAGCCCCCAGCGACGCCACCUCCACCGCCGAGACAAGUCACCUGCAGCCCUGGAACGGAAGCCCGCAGAGCUCAGCACCUUGAACGACGGAUACCAGAUACGCAUCUGAGCCCCCUUUGCCCCCCUAGCCCUUCCUCACCCCUCGCUCGCCCUUCCUCCAUCCUCCCAGGCCCCCCUCUCAACCAACCCUCCCUUGCGCCGACUAGAAAGACCUCAUCCGGUCUCUACGCAAUCCAGCUCCAGGACAUCCUCAUCCCGUUUUUUUCUGCACUUCACCCCCCCACCCCUUGAAGAAGCCUUCUAUUUAAGAGACCGAGUCCAGUACCAGCUUCAUCUUCAUUGCCCACGGUGUUUAUGGAUGAUCUCACGUUCUCUGAGGGAAAGGUGGAGAGAGAGAGGGCACCAGAGACUGAGAUCGAUACCGCCAGCGGUAUUUCAGCCCUCCAGUCUUCUCCUGUGCCGUUUAACAUGCUGUCACCUCCGUCGAAGAUGUGUGUGUGUUUAUAUGUCAGCGCAUGGCCGUGGCUAUGCCCCCUUGCGUACCGUUUUACCAAGCAAUGUUUUUAAUCGAGGACGGACACAAGUGACGUGCCGGAAUUGCAUGAGGCCAUCAUUUCACAGAGGCUCAUGUAUUUUAAGGUCCGUGUUUUCAAGCAGUGGGGUUCUUGAUACUUUAGAAUGGAUGUGCUUGAUCCGAGAGCAGGAGGGAGGAGGGCGAGGUAGAGAGAGACGGGGGUAAGAGAGGAGUCAAGGAAAAAGUGGAACUGGAAUCCUUGGGUGAUAAGAUACUCGUAGAAAGGUCUACAGUGCCGAGUACAGCAUAGUGCACUGCAGUCAACCUCAUCUCUGGCUUGACUCUCCUUCCAAACUCUCGGCUCCACUAGCCUCACCUGCCCCACAGCAGGAUCUUAGAAUGAUUCAUGUUUUGGUGCUUUGGAAUAUCACAGUUUUUCCCACCCCAAAAAAAGAAUGUGAUGAAGGGUUGAAUCAAAGGUGAAUUCCUUCUAAACCUAGAAAUACAGGUAUGUGUGUUUGUGUGUGUGUGUUUUUCAGAACUUUCUCUAGAGGCCUUUGUGUAUCGCCCUAUAGUUUGGAACAAUGAAUUAUCAAGAAACAAUGCAAAACAUUGAACUGAAUAUAACCAGGCAUAUCAGUUUACCAACGUUCAAUAUUACAGUGUCAAACUGUUUAUAAUGUUAGUUUUGUUCAAAUGGUUCAUUGAUCAAACCCUUGUAAACCUAACAAGGUGUGAAGUUUGCCAACUAAAAGUAUUUUAUCCAACUUUUGUAGCUUUUGGAUCAACAAAAAGCUAUGCACGUUCAACAGAGCAUUAAUCCAUGUCUUCCUUGAACCGACUCUUCCUUGGUUGCAGCAUUGUUAGAAUUCAGUCUUUCCAUCCAUUCAUCUUUAAGAGUUAAGCCAUGUCUUGACCAGCCACUAAGCACAAAACAGUCAGUUUAAUGUUUAAUACAGGUUUUACUACCUGGUUCAGUGGUUUUGAUACCUGUUUUAGAAGCACAAUCACCUAAUUACAUAGCCAGUUAGUAAAUUAGACAGGCACCUGUCAGCCAACUUGCCAGCCAGAGUUACCAGCCAGCCAGUCAGGUAAUCACCAGUCAAUUACAAGACGGUUACAUACUUUCAGCUUGGUUAAGUAGACUGACUGUAUCAAUGAGGGACGGUGGGAGGAAAGACUGCCCUGACUACUGUGAAUCAGAGAGCAGGGCCUGCAAAUGAGUUGAUAUCUCCUUGAACUGUUACGUAUUAUCAGUGCUUUUAUCGGUGCAUCUAAACUGUGGAUCUUGAACCAGUUUGUUACCCUGUUGUCAUCAUCAAUGCUGUCAUUAUAAUCACGAGGUUUGUUGGUAAACGGUUACAGUCAAAUUCCUUACGAUGGCUGUAGGUUAGUUUUUUUCAUACCCAUUAGCACCCCUUUGAUUGAAAACGACACAAUAGGGGUUAUUUGAAACCUGCUACUAGUGAUAUACAAGUAGCCUAAAUACUAGUAUACUACCCCACUAACUUGCUACCUUCCUGUCACAUCAUUCUAUAAGGUCAGUAUCCAGAGAACCUGAAAAACAGGGUUGUUUGAGCGAAGUAUUCAUAAAUACUGCUCUGUUCAAUAUUAACAAUCAAGGAAGUUAUGAGUGUAAACACCUCAUUGUUGAUUAUUUAUCUCAAGUGUGUAACAAUGUUUUCUCUCGAGUCAUUUAUCUUAACCCAUCCUGUUUCCAAGUUUGCUUCUGGCCAUAUUCAGAGUUGUGUAAAAGUGCUGGAAAUGAAAGUAAUCGAAACAAUAUGCGACAAAAUGAACCAAUAGAUUAUAUGCUAUCGAAGGUGAAUGCAUUACAUCAGAUCUUGUACAAUAUUGUACAAGAUCUGAUGUAAUUCUUCCAAAUUUGGCCAAGAAAGUAAUUCUAGGCCUAAAGCCAAUAUAGACUGAAAUGAUUAUUGAUCACACCUAUCAAAGUGUCUGUCUGAUUGAAUGGCUAUAUAAGGUAUAAAGGAUUAUCCAGACUUGCAUGGAAUGUUUUCUACAAUUCUAGUAGAAUGACUGGAGAUGCUACCAGGGCCUGUUGCAGCUAACACAUGACUGUCACUUGGCACAGUCAGUCCAAACCGAACAAUAGCCUAUUUAUUUAAGACACUUUAUCACUAGCUUUCUUAAAAAAUAAAUAAUCAAAUCUCAAGUGAAAAGAUUGUGACCAAAAAUAUAACAUAACCAGUGUUUGAAUAUCUAUGCCUUGGUUUAGGGAAAAUUCCUAAUGACGUUUUAAAUACGAUUUUCAAAAUGGCCUAUGCUGUAUUUUUUUUGGUCCGUAGUACUUUGGGUACUUAUGCGGACAGAAGACUAUCCAGAGAACAAAUGUUUCCUAACUCCUUCUGAGUAAACUAUCAGCAUUUACACAAAAUAAUAUCCUGUACCCCCAGCACCCUGUGCGUACAAGUUCAUAAAGCACUCUGUAGUGAGAACAAUGCUUUAACAGUUAAAUUGCCUUUGUGAGGUAAAUCCAAGAUAAAUCCGAUGUCUAGUCGUUUUGUUAAGUGGUGCAAAAUUCGCAAAGACUAUUAAGUGCCUAACGCAUAAUCUAAACUCUGAAUAUGGCCCCUUCAAAAGGACUUUUUCACUCAUGAGAAUAGAAUGUCUGUCAGUAGAACUAAGAGUUGUUUCAGUAUUCAUCAUUAUCUUUGAUCCAAGAGUGUUCAAACUUGACGUUAUGGAUGAUGUGUGGUUUCAUAGAAAGAGCUGUGACCACUAAGGGUUCCAGUAGUAUGAUGUAGACAUGUGGUUCUUGACUACACGCGCCUACCCCAAAGCCACUCCUCUAUACUGGAGAAUGGAACCCGCAAACUUGGUGCUGGAAGCACCUUGCACCAAACAACCAACCAAGCCAUCAUACUAGAGUGGAGUAGGAGGCCCAAUGGCCGACUCACUAGAUCACAAAGAAACAAUCCAUACUUACGUCCUGUCAAAAUGAGCAGACAGCGACAUGACAGUGACAUGCCUUGGGAAUACCUCUCUGGUUUUCUACCUGACCACAUUGAUUAUUAUUUGUGUGAUUUGUGUUGUUAUUAUUAUUCUUUUUUUUUGUAUUAAGCUUUGAUUCCAAUAAACACUUGAGGAAGAUGAAACCCUCUUGAACAGAAUCUCCCACUGGUACCACUCCAUGUCAACACAGUGGGUCAGAUGAACUGUAGCAUGUGUUGUUGUUAUAAUUAAAAUGAUAUAUGUUUUUA